CUUCAAGUGCAGACAAAAAGUCUCGGUCUGCAAAUACCAAUACCAUACGAACAAAAAGACCCUAUAACCACACCAUGGCCUCUCGCUUCCUUUCUACGACUCGCCUGGUGCGCGCACCUUUGACUCGUCAAAUUGCUCGCCGUAAUUACGCAUCCGAAGCCAAGGAUGCCAGCCCCAAGUUUGCCGAUGAGACAUUCAACGGUAAUGUCUGGAGAAAUGCAGCGAUUGCUAUCAUUGCUGGUGUUGCUGUCUAUCGCAUCGAUCAACACUUGACCAACUCGGGCGAGGAGAAGCAUCCCUUCACCAAGUGGAUUGAAUACCAUAUGGAGUCGUCGGACGAUAUGGACAAGUUGAACCAGCAGAAACUCGAUGAAGCAUCCAAGUUGGCAGAAUAUAGACUUAUUGCCCAAGAUGCUCAGCGUGCUCCCAUCUACCGUUUGAGAAACCCAGAAUCUUUUGAACGUGGAAGCCCUCGUGGUCUUGUCACUGGCAACCAAGUCGACUUGUCCGACUUGAAGGUUCGAUCGGAUUAGAUUGUAAAAAGAACGCAACGAACGCACGUUACAUAAACGGCAAACCUUUACGCACGAACACGAACCACACACAACGAUCCUAUCUACAAACUGCACCACACCUUGGUUUUUUUUUUGUUCUAGAGCCAUUUGAAAAAAAAGACACAUUCAAAAAAAUAAAAUAAGCACGACGACCUGCCUCGCACCGGGAUAGCGUAAUUAAUCAAACAGCGGUUUCCAUGCAUGAUAUAUAACUCACAUGUUUCGU